CUACACGCAGGAGGCUAUGCAGUCACCUUUCUGUGAUAUUGCUGAGUAGAAACCUCCCACGUUACACCGAGGGAGUUCAAAGGACACAAGCCCUGCCCUUGAGUUUGCCUGCAGGAGUGUAGCGGCCUUCUUUAUCAGCUGGAAGUCCUGCUGGUUGUCGACCACUGCAGCCUCCGACAGCCUCGGACACACCGUCUUCUGCUGGAACUCCUCCACCCACACAGCCAAGAUGCCCAAAACGGUCAAUGUUCGCGUCACCACCAUGGACGCGGAGCUGGAGUUCUCCUUCCACCCAGCCACCACAGGGAAGCAGCUCUUUGACCAGGUUGCCAGAACCAUCGGUCUCCGUGAGACUUGGUACUUUGGGCUGCAGUUUGUGGACACCAAGGGUCUCAUCACGUGGCUCAACUAUGAAAAGAAGGUCAUGGGCCAGGAUGUGAAGAAGGAGGUUCCUCUGCAGUUCAAACUCAGGGCCAAGUUCUACCCUGAGGAGGUGAUGGAGGAGCUGAUCCAGGACAUCACCAGGAGGCUCUUCUUCCUGCAGGUGAAGGAGGACAUCCUAACCGAUGAAGUCUACUGUCCUCCAGAGUCUGCCGUCCUGCUGGCCUCCUACGCUGUCCAGGCCAAGUAUGGAGAUUACAACAAAACCAACCACAACAAGGGUUACCUGAUCAAUGACAGCCUGCUGCCACGGAGAGUACUGGAACAACACAGUCUGUCCAAGGACCAAUGGGAGGACAGAAUCCAAGGCUGGCACGAGGAACAUCGCUCCAUGCUUAAGGAGGAGGCCAUGCUUGAGUAUCUGAAGAUCGCCCAGGACCUGGAGAUGUACGGGGUCAACUACUUUGAGAUCAAGAACAAAAAGAACACCGACCUGUGGCUUGGAGUGGACGCUCUGGGACUCAACAUCUAUGAGACAGAUGACAAGCUGAAUCCAAAGAUUGGCUUCCCUUGGAGUGAAAUCAGAAACAUUUCCUUCAGUGAUAAGAAAUUUGUCAUCAAGCCCAUAGACAAGAAAGCUCCAGAUUUUAUUUUCUACGCUCCACGUCUGCGAGUCAACAAACGCAUCCUGCAGCUGUGCAUGGGCAACCACGAUCUGUACAUGCGCCGCCGCAAACCCGACAGCAUUGAGGUGCAGCAGAUGAAGGCUCAGGCCAAAGACGAAAGGCUGCAGAAGAAGAUGGAGAGGGAUCGGCUGGAGAGUGAGAGGUUAAAGAGGGAGGCCAUCGAGAGAGAGAAGGAGCAGAUGGAGAGAGAGAAGGUGGAGCUGAUGGCCCGGCUGUAUGAGUACGAGGAGACCACCAAGAGAACAGAGAGAGAGCUCAAGGAGCAGCUGGACCGGGCCAUAAAGCUGGAGGACGAGAGGAGGAAGGUGGAGCAGGAGGCAGCCCGGCUGGAGGCUGAGAGGAUGGAGGCCAUCAUCGCCAAAGAGGAGCUGGCCAGGCAGGCUGAGAACCAGAUCAAGAGCCAGGAGCAGCUGGCUGCAGAGUUGGCAGAAUACAGUGCCCAGAUCGCUCAGCUGGAGGAGGACAAGAGAGUCAAAGAGACGGAGGCUGAGAUUUGGCACAGCAAGGCAGUAGAAGUGGAGGAGAGUCUCCUGAAGACCAAGGAGGAGCUGCACCUGGUGAGGACCAACACCUCCUCCACUCCUAAUGCUCACGCCUCCUCCAGCUCCUCCUCAGACAGCGAGAGCGACCACGAGCACAGCGAGGAUAACAGCACCUACAGCGCAGAGCUGCAGACACAGGGCAUCAACGAUCAUCGCAAUGAGGAGUACAGACUCACGGAGGCUGAGAAGAACGAACGGCUGCAAAAACAGCUCAUGGCCUUGAGGUCAGAUUUGGCCAAGUCCCACGAUGAAAACAAGGCGACCAAGAACGACCUGAUCCACAGCGAGAACAAGCGAGCCAGACGUGACAAGUACAAGACCCUGCGUCAGAUCCGUCAGGGCAACACCAAGCAGAGGAUCGAUGAGUUUGAAGCGUUGUAGAAUUCUUCGCAGCCUCGGAGAUCUCGCUCACUUUACCUCAUUCAUCCACAUUUCUCCACUGUUUUAAUUUAAAAUGUGAUAAAAUGUUUUUUCCAGCUGUACGACGCUGAACCCCAGCUGAUGAAAGCAUGAGGCUAAUGGAAAAUACUGUAUAGAAAUCAGACGGAAACAAUUGUAUAAAGCUUGAAGUAUUGCGUACUGCCCUAGUGCUUCUAACAGCUGAUCAAAUGUAAUUUUAUUUACUAGAUAUCCAGCUUUAGAACUACUGCUAAUAAUUAUUUCUGCAAAAAAAUUUCUUUGGAUUAAUGUUUAAAAAAUAAUGGACGGAGUUAAACACUGACAUGUCAGAUGCCCUAAAAACAAAUUCUUCUUUAACCACUUUUAACAUUUAAUAAUUUAACAUGUUAUAAGUUCACCUGCUGUGUCAUUUACUCCAGUUUUGAUAUGUGUCCAAAUAUCAAUAAAAUAUAUUCUUACAGUUGGAAU